AUGAGCAGCCCAAAGCGGAGAAUCGAGACGGAUGUUAUGAAGAUGUAUGCGCUUCCCUCGUUGAUGAGUGAUUAUGAGGUGACCUUGGUCAAUGACAAUAGUGAGUUUCGCCUGCAAGAAUUCUACGUGCGCAUCAAAGGCCCGGACGAGACACCCUUCGCCGGCGGUCACUGGAAGGUUCACGUCGAAUUACCCGAUCAAUAUCCGUACAAAAGUCCAAGCAUCGGUUUUGUUAACCGGAUCUUCCAUCCGAAUAUUGACGAGCUCUCCGGAUCGGUCUGCCUGGACGUGAUUAACCAAACGUGGUCGCCUAUGUACGACAUGAUCAAUAUUUUCGAAGUCUUCCUUCCCCAACUCCUGCGUUAUCCGAACCCCGCCGAUCCUCUAAAUGGCGAGGCUGCGGCGAUGUUGAUGAGGGAACCCAAGACCUAUGAGGCCAAAGUGAAGGAAUAUGUGGCAAAAUACGCCAGCAAAGACGCCGUCGACGACGCCGAAGAAGACACCGAGUCGGAAGACGAGCUAAGCUCCGCCGGUAGCUAUGAAUCCGGCGGCGAAGAGCCCGCCGGCACAAUGGACGAUGUCUAA